CUUUGAAAUUUUUAUAACAAGGACCGUGUCAUUGAAAUCAAUGUACGAACAGAUCCGAAUGCACUUGUGGACCUUACAGAGGAUAGAGAGGUUGAUGUGGAAUUUCUUUAUACUGUAAAAUGGAAGGAGACUACUACUCCUUUUGAGAAGCGGAUGGACAAGUACUCUCAAUCUUCUUCGCUGCCUCAUCAUUUGGAGAUCCAUUGGUUUUCAAUCAUAAAUUCGUGUGUGACUGUACUUCUUCUAACUGGGUUUUUGGCAACCAUUCUCAUGCGAGUCCUUAAGAACGAUUUUGUCAAAUAUGCCCAUGAUGAAGAAUCUGCUGAGGACCAGGAAGAGACUGGUUGGAAAUACAUCCAUGGAGAUGUAUUUAGGUUUCCCAAGUUCAAGUCUCUAUUUGCAGCUGCCCUUGGCUCUGGCACCCAGCUGUUUACACUAACUGUAUUCAUAUUCAUUCUGGCACUUGUUGGUGUAUUUUAUCCAUACAAUCGAGGAGCUCUAUUUACUGCGCUUGUUGUCAUAGCACUGACUUCGGGAAUUGCUGGUUACACUGCAACCUCCUUCUGUCAGCUUGAAGGAACAAAUUGGGUCAGAAAUCUACUUUUAACUGGGUGCCUUUUCUGUGGACCUCUGUUCCUUACGUUCUGCUUUCUGAAUACUGUAGCAAUUGCUUACAAUGCUACUGCUGCUCUUCCAUUUGGCACAAUUGUGGUGAUAGUUCUUAUAUGGACCCUUGUGACAUCACCUUUUGUGUUGGGUGGGAUUGCUGGAAAGAAUAGCAAGUCAGAAUUCCAAGCUCCUGUCCGAACAACUAAAUAUCCCAGGGAGAUUCCGCCAUUGCCAUGGUAUCGUGGAACAAUUCCCCAGAUGGCAAUGGCAGGAUUUUUGCCUUUCAGUGCAAUAUACAUUGAACUUUACUAUAUAUUUGCAAGCGUCUGGGGUCACAGGAUUUACACCAUAUAUAGCAUCCUGUUCAUUGUCUUCAUUAUUCUGUUGAUUGUUACUGCUUUCAUUACCGUGGCAUUGACAUAUUUCCAGCUUGCUGCUGAGGAUCAUGAAUGGUGGUGGAGGUCAUUCCUGUGCGGUGGAUCGACAGGCCUGUUCAUCUAUGCCUACUGUUUGUAUUACUACUAUGCUCGAUCUGAUAUGUCUGGGUUCAUGCAGACUUCAUUUUUCUUUGGAUACAUGGCCUGUAUAUGCUAUGGUUUCUUCUUGAUGCUUGGAACUGUUGGUUUCCGUGCUGCUUUGCUCUUUGUUCGUCACAUAUAUCGAUCCAUUAAGUGCGAGUAACCAGACAUUUUGUCCUCACAAGAGUCCCCUAGAGCUGUUACUGUCUUCAUUUCAUAGGCAUUGUGUAGAGAAUUACAUUAAUUCUGUGGUUCUUUUAUGUAUAAGGGAAAGCUGACAAUGGGACUCGGCUCCUAGAGAAGCAUGUUAGAUCCCAAAAUAGGUCCUUCUUUGGGACUACUUGUGUACUGCCAUCCUUUAACCAAACUUUGCAAUACUAUCUCUUUUUUCUUUU